GAUUACAGUCCUCCUUUAUUGAUGGCGCUGUGUCCUUUUUCUCUCUAGCUGCUGCGGCAACAACUAAAACCCUUUUCAAGCACCACCCUUUUCCUUUUGUUCCGGGCUCUGAAUCUUCCUUCUUCCUCAAAGAGAAAAAGGCUAUGUCAGGGUUAUACAAUCCCAACUACUCACCUGCGAGAGCUGCUUCUCCACAGAUUAGGAGCACCCCAGAUGUUGACAGUCAGUACCUGGCAGAGCUGCUGGCAGAGCAUCAAAAGCUUGGACCUUUCAUACCAGUCCUUCCCAUAUGUAGCCGACUACUAAAUCAAGAGAUACUGCGGGUAUCUGGAAUGAUGUCAAACCAAGGUUACAGUGACUAUGACAGACUACGGUAUAGAAGCCCUAGUCCCAUGGCAUCUUCAAACAUGAGUGUUGGAGGGACAGGAUUAAGUGGCUGGAACAGUAUUACUCAGGAGAGAUUGAGUGGACACCCUGGAAUGACGAUGGAUUGGCAAGGAACACCUGCAAGCCCUAGUUCGUACACUGUAAAGAGGAUUUUGCGCCUGGAGAUUCCAGUGGAUCUUUAUCCAAAUUUUAAUUUUGUCGGGCGGCUUCUUGGCCCUAGAGGCAAUUCGCUUAAGCGGGUUGAAGUGACAACGGGCUGCCGCGUGUACAUCAGAGGGAAGGGUUCUAUCAAGGAUCCAGACAAGGAAGAGAAGCUAAGGGGAAGACCAGGCUAUGAGCACCUUAAUGACCCACUCCACAUUUUAAUUGAAGCUGAUCUACCUGCCAAUAUCGUUGACUUAAGGUUGAGACAGGCUCAGGAAAUUAUCGAGGAACUGCUUAAACCCGUGGAUGAGUCACAGGACUACAUUAAGAGGCAGCAAUUGCGUGAGUUAGCGAUGCUAAACUCGAACUUCAGAGAAGACAGUCCUGGGCCGAGCGGUAGUGUCUCUCCUUUCAAUUCCAGUGGCAUGAAACGUGCGAAAACGGGACGCUGAGAAUCCAUAGAAGAUCGUUCCUGAUGGUUUCUACCUGCUUACAAGAUUCGUGGCUGAAUACACUUCUAAGGUACAUAACAGUUCAGCACAAGUACGAAAAGCAUAGGCUAACGGUUCUUUAUGGUGAGCUGCUGGUGUUCUCCAAAAGAUUUUAGUCAUUCGUUUUGGUCCCGGGGGGUUUUUAAUUAUUUGAACCACAGGCGAACGAUGAAUACAGAAAAAAAAAAAAACAUGAAAAAGGAGAAGUAUAUAGUCUAUAUUGUUUGUGGCUUUUAGUGUAGGUUCUUUGAGGUCAGUUUUUUUCCUUGUAAACCCAUUCAUUGGAUUUAUUCUUGUAUUAGACACCGAUAUCGCGCAUUGUGGGUUAAUAUAUGGUAUUGAAAUUGUUGUCCUAA